UCGUAUAACUAUAAAAAUCAGUAUUAGACUCCAUUCUAGCAUAGAGAAGACGAUUCCAGACUCGCGGUACCAUGUUUUCUUGACUUCAAUUGAUAGCUUUAGCUUCGGUAUAUUUUGGUAAUUAGGCCAUGGAAACUGGAGGUAAUUCUUUACCAUCAGGACCUGAUGGAGUGAAGCGUAAAGUGAGUUAUUUUUAUGAUCCAGAGGUUGGCAAUUACUACUAUGGCCAAGGUCACCCAAUGAAGCCACACAGAAUUCGCAUGACACAUGCUCUUCUUGCCCACUAUGGAUUACUGCAACAUAUGCAUGUUCUAAAGCCCAAUCCUGCCAGAGAGAAAGAUCUUUGCAGGUUUCAUGCUGAUGAUUAUGUUUCUUUCUUGAAGAGCAUCACCCCAGAAACGCAGCAGGAUCAGCUAAGGCAGCUGAAGAGAUUUAACGUUGGGGAAGACUGCCCAGUGUUUGACGGUCUUUACCCUUUCUGUCAAACCUAUGCCGGCGGGUCUGUUGGUGGGGCAGUGAAGUUAAAUCAUGGACACUGUGAUAUAGCAAUCAAUUGGGCUGGUGGAUUACAUCAUGCUAAAAAAUGUGAGGCUUCUGGUUUUUGCUAUGUGAAUGAUAUAGUGCUGGCAAUUUUGGAGCUCCUCAAAGUGCAUGAGCGUGUUUUAUACGUGGACAUUGAUAUUCAUCAUGGGGACGGUGUUGAGGAAGCAUUUUAUACUACAGACAGGGUGAUGACUGUAUCUUUUCAUAAAUUUGGAGAUUACUUUCCUGGUACAGGGGAUGUACGAGAUAUUGGAUAUGGAAAGGGGAAAUAUUAUUCCCUUAAUGUUCCACUAGAUGAUGGAAUUGAUGAUGAAAGCUAUCAGUCUUUGUUUAAGCCAAUAAUGGGCAAAGUGAUGGAAAUUUUUAAGCCUGGUGCUGUAGUUUUACAAUGUGGGGCAGACUCUCUAUCUGGAGACCGAUUGGGCUGCUUUAAUUUGUCAAUUAAAGGUCAUGCAGAGUGUGUCAAAUUUAUGAGAUCUUUUAAUGUGCCACUACUCUUGCUUGGUGGAGGUGGCUACACAAUUCGUAAUGUUGCUCGUUGCUGGUGUUAUGAGACGGGCGUGGCACUUGGAAUUGAACUUGAUGAUAAGAUGCCACAACAUGAAUAUUACGAGUACUUUGGUCCAGAUUAUACUCUUCAUGUUGCUGCUAGUAACAUGGAGAAUAAGAAUUCUUGGCAUUUGUUGGAAGACAUCAGAGCCAAGCUCCUUGAUUAUCUUUCAAAGCUUCAACAUGCACCGAGUGUGCAGUUCCAGGAACGACCACCGGAUACAGAUAUUCAAGAGGCGGAUGAAGAUCAAGUUGGCGAAGAUGAAAGAUGGGAUCCUGUAUCAGACAUGGAUAUUGAUGAUCAACGUAGGCCUCUGCCUAGCCGAGUGAAGACAGAAUUUCUUGAAACUGAAGCAAAAGACAUGGUUGACAACUUGAAAGAAACAAAGAAAAAAUGUCAAAACAAUUUCUACAUAUCUAAAGCUUCAUGCUAAGCUUGAUUCU